CGAGCGUGGGUGUCAUGCCGAUAUGGUGCAUCAACUGCAUCAAACAUGCCAUCAUUGCAACACGGGCACCAAACGUUCAACACUGCUCUGUACGUGCAGCGAGCUGGAAGACGAGCAUGGGUGUCACUCUGAUACGGUGCAUCAACUUAAACAUGCCAUCACUGCAAUACGGGCACCACCCAACGUUCAACACUGCUCUGUACCUGGCGCGAGCUGGAAGACUAGUGCGGGUGUCACGCCGAUACAGUGCAACUUAAGCAUGUCUCACUGCAACAUGGACACCCAAAGUUCAACACAACUCAGGACCUGUCGCGAGCCGGAAGAUGAGCGCGGGUAUCGCGCCGUACGGUGCAUCAUCUCAGUCAAACGUCUCAGCAAUCCCUGCAACACGGGCGCCCAACGUUCAACACUGCUCUGGACCUGCCGCGAGCUGGAAGACGAGCGCGGGUGUCACGCCGAUAUGGUGCAUCAAGUUCAUCAAACAUGACAUCAUUGCAACACGGGCACCCAAAAGUUCGACAUUGCUCUGUACAGCUGCCGCGAGCUGGAAGACGAGCGCGUGUGUCACGCCGAUAUGGUGCAUCAGCUUAAACAUGUCAUCACUGCAACAUUGGCACAGAAAGUUCAACACAGCUCAGGACCUACCGCGAGCCGGAAGACGGGCGCAGGUGUCACGCCGAUAUGGUGCAUCAGCUUAAACAUGUCACCACUACACUGGCACCCAACUUUUAACACUGCUCUGUACCGGACGCGAGCUGGAAGACUAGUGCGGGUGUCACGCCGAUACAAUGCGUCAACUUAAGCAUGUCAUCACAUCACUGCAACACGGGCACCCAAAGUUCAACACAGCUCAGGACCUGUCGCAAGCUGGAAGAUGAGCGUGGGUGUCACGUUGAUACGGUGCAUAACUUAACCAAACAUGCCAUCAUUGCAACACGGACAACCGACGUUCAACACUUCUCUAGACCUGCCCGCGAGCUGAAAGAUGAGCACGGGUGUCACGCCGAUGCGGUUCGUGAACUUAAUCAAACAUGCCGUAAUUGCAACACGGGCACCCAAAAUUCAACACAGCUCAGGACCGGUCGCGAGCUGGAAGACGAGCGCGGGUGUCACGCCGAUACGGUGCAUCAACUUAAACAUGUCAUCACUGCAACACGGGCACCCAACGUUCAACACUGCUCUGGACCUGCCGCGAGUUGUAACACGAGCGCGGGUGUCACGCCAAUACGGUGCAUCAACUUAAUCAAACAUGCCAUGUUGAAACGAGGGCACCCACGUUCAACACUGCUGUGUACCUGGCGCGAGCUGGAAGAUGAGCGCGGGUGUCACGCCGAUACGGUGCAUCAACUUAAUCAAACAUGUCACUGCAACACGGGCACCCAACGUUCAACACUGCUCUGGACCUGCCGCGAGUUGGAACACGAGCGCGGGUGUCACGCCGACACGGUGCACUCCGGGAAGUAGGGAGCCGUCAUCAAAGCUGGCGGUAGCAGUCCUCCUGCUGCUGCUGCCUGGGCAGCCAGAGGCGGCCGCCGAGGGCCGGGGACGCCGGGUCGUCCGCUACCGGUGCCAGUACCUCCGCACCCAAAACAGCACCAAGAUUGUGUGCAGCCCAGUCGAGGUGCACCAGCAGCAGCCUGGUGACUCCGCCUCCGCGUCCAUGCAGCCGGAGGCUUUCAACGGACAGCGCGUUCAGAGGGGUCCCGUGUGCAGCAAGCUGUAUCAGCUCGCGGAGCGGCUGGCGGCGUUCGAAGAAGGCGCCUGGAAGUACUGCGACCCCACCAGCUGCAUGCGAGAGAGCCCUCACUGCACGAACAGCGUGCUGAGCACCGAGUGCAGCCAGUGCCUGGGCCGCUGCUGGAUCAUGUACGCCUUUCCGGGCGCCCGCGUGGGUCCGCACGCCAAAGACUUCCCUUGCGAUCCACUCGCAUGCGGUGGAGCCCAGGUUUUCUGUGGCGGAUACAAGUUUAAAGACGACUAGCUAGCCCGCUAUUAUACCCCAGGAUUGGCAAAGCCUGCUGCACCGCUGUCUGUGAACCUCGGCAAGUUUUCUUGGUGAAGUCUCACAUGCCUGCAGUCUCUAAUGGCGGAUGGACCUUGAGGCAUUCACGCGUCGGCUUUACCGGUGAACUGUGAGAGUCGUCACGAGGAACUUCUCUGUGCAUGCUCCGACGUGCAGCCGCUGAAAUUUUUUUGUGAACUCUAUUUUCGUUAGAACACGCACUUACUUUGUACGACUGGGUAAAGCGGCAAAAGUUUGUCAUGAUGUCCCGAGGGUUAAUACAACCCGAUAUGCUUUUCAUAUAGCUGACAUGAAAGGUAUAGCAAACUUCA